AUGCCUGUGAGACGCGGUCAUGUUGCGCUCCAGAACACCUACCUGGACACUAUCAUCAGGAAAUUCGACGAGCAAAAUCGCAAGUUUCUGAUCGCAAACGCCCAGAUGAAGAACUGUGGCAUCAUCUACUGCAACGAAGGCUUCUGCCAGUUGUUUGGGUUUGCCAGGGCGGAGAUCAUGCAGCAGCCCUGUACCUGCCAGUUCCUGGUGGGUCCUGGUACCAUGAAGAGUGCCCUGGCCCAGCUGGCACAGGCCCUGCUCGGCUCUGAGGAGCGCAAGGUUGAGAUCCUCUACUACGCUAAGGAAGGAACCUGCAGACCGUGCCUGGUGGACAUUGUUCCCGUAAAAAACGAGGAAGGCAUUGUCAUCAUGUUCAUCCUCGACUUCCAGGAGCUGAUUGAUCGUUCUCUCAAGAAGUCGGGCCUCAGGCAGAGAGUCGCCCAAGGAUGGAUUUACUGUCAGAAUCGCCGGUUGAAGAUGAGGCUGCCGGUGCUGCGGUCCAUGCGACGAGCUUCACUUUCCAAAGAUCAGUUUGAAGGAGUGGUAGUGGACUACUUGCAGCCAAACAGCGAGGAAGUUCCUCUCAAAGAAUUUCGGAUCCCGUCCAAAGAGAGCUGCAUGCAGUCUGAGACGGAAGCUUUGAUAGAACAGGACCUGGAUCCUCCCUCUCCUGCAGCCCAGUCCUCCACCAAGCAGCGCUCCCUGCUGACAGACCGGCUGGACCCUGGCCUCGCCUUCCCCAGGGGGACGUUACCACGGAGCUGUUCUCGGGACAGUGUCCGCAGCCUCCGACGCGCCUCGUCACUGGACGACAUUGAUGGCAUGAGGGCAGAAUGGAACAGUCGACCUGGAGACCCGCGAACCAAUAGCAAUCUGAAGCCGAGCGCUCUGAACUCCACGUCGGACUCAGACCUGAUGAGACUCAGGACCAUCGGCCGCAUCCCUCAGGUUACUCUCACCUUCAGCUCGGACCGGAUGAGACCUCCUUCACCCACCGAGAUUGAAAUCAUCGCACCCAGCAAGAUUAAAGACCGAACUCAGAACGUCACAGAGAAGGUCACUCAGGUCACACAGGUGUUGUCCCUCGGUGCUGACGUGCUGCCAGAGUACAAGCUCCAGGCCCCACGCAUCCACAAAUGGACAAUCCUUCACUAUAGCCCCUUCAAAGCGGUAUGGGACUGGGUCAUCUUGCUGCUGGUCAUCUACACCGCCAUCUUCACGCCAUACUCGGCCGCCUUCCUCCUCAACGAGGUGGAGGAAGAGCGGAGGAGAACCUGCGGCUACACCUGCAACCCUCUCAACGUGGUGGACCUGGUGGUGGAUGUCAUGUUCAUCGUGGACAUCCUCAUCAACUUCAGGACCACCUAUGUCAACCACAAUGACGAGGUGGUCAGCCACCCGGGACGCAUUGCACAGCACUACUUCAAGGGCUGGUUCCUCAUCGACAUUGUGGCUGCCAUCCCCUUCGAUCUGCUCAUAUUCCGCUCGGGGUCUGAGGAGCCUCAGACAACCACUCUGAUUGGAUUACUGAAAACAGCCAGACUGCUGAGGUUGGUACGAGUGGCCAGGAAGUUGGACCGUUACUCAGAAUAUGGAGCUGCCGUCCUUUUCCUCCUCAUGUGCACCUUCGCCCUCAUCGCUCAUUGGCUGGCCUGUAUCUGGUAUGCUAUUGGUAACGUGGAGCGCACAGGCUCUGCUCGCAUUGGAGGCAUGAAGAUCGGCUGGCUGGACAACCUGGCUGACCAGAUUGGUAAACAGUACAAUGACAGUGACGCAGCCUCUGGCCCCUCAAUCAAGGACAAGUAUGUUACAGCCCUGUACUUCACCUUCAGCAGCCUGACCAGUGUUGGUUUUGGGAACGUCUCACCUAACACCAACCCAGAGAAGAUCUUCUCCAUCUGUGUCAUGCUCAUUGGCUCUCUGAUGUACGCCAGUAUCUUUGGUAACGUGUCGGCCAUCAUUCAGAGACUGUACUCAGGCACUGCCCGUUACCACACCCAGAUGCUACGAGUCAAAGAGUUCAUCCGUUUCCACCAGAUCCCAGGAGGCCUUCGACAGAGGCUGGAGGAGUACUUCCAACAUGCCUGGUCCUACACCAACGGCAUCGACAUGAACGCUGUUUUAAAGGGUUUCCCUGAGUGUCUGCAGGCUGACAUCUGCCUCCAUUUGAACCGCAGCCUGCUGCAGAACUGCAAAGCUUUUCGAGGUGCCAACAAAGGCUGCCUGCGGGCCCUGGCCAUGCGUUUCAAGACCACCCAUGCACCGCCGGGGGACACUCUGGUCCACAGUGGGGACAUUCUCACCGCCCUCUACUUCAUUUCCAGAGGCUCUAUAGAAAUCCUCAGGGACGAUGUGGUGGUGGCCAUACUAGGAAAGAAUGACAUCUUUGGUGAACCCAUCAGUCUGUAUGGGAGGCCAGGUAAGUCUAGUGCUGACGUCAGGGCUUUGACUUACUGCGACCUUCACAAGAUCCUGAGAGACGACCUGCUGGAAGUGCUCGACAUGUAUCCUGACUUUGCCGACAUGUUCUGGAACAACUUGGAGAUCACCUUCAACCUGAGAGAUGCAGAUAGAAUAAACCAGACAACCCCGGGCAGGGACUCUGAAUGUGGCUACCGCCGGACAAGGCAUCGGAGAAGCUCGCUGCGUCGUCGGAACCGACCAGACGGCAUGGACCGCGAAGACUCUUAUCCUGAUCAGUCCUGUCCCAUGGCAAACCACCACCGGGGUACAAUGGCAGGAUCCCAUUGGGAAGACCUCUGCAGCAGUGCUAGCAUCUGUUCACAGUCCAGUGAUGAGGAGAUGAAGCCCAUGGGGCACAGCAAGGGGGAGCUGUACCCCCCUGGGGGUGACACCAGAGACUACCCACCAGCAGUGGUCAACCUCCUGCCUCACAGUGGACCCUCAGCUGGGAUGGGGCCACCUGUAGACCUCGGAGGACCACCAUACUCAGCAGCAGCCCCUAUCAGCAUGUCAGGUCUUUAUAGCUACUGGCCAGACCGCAGAGCGAGCCAGUUCUCAGAGAGCCAGAGACGGUCGUCCUCAGUCAGGGCCAGUUUCCACCCUCCACCCUGUGCUGAGGAUCGGCCCAGCGAACUGGAAUCCAGACUGGAGCUGUUGCAGUCCCAGUUAAACCGGCUGGAGACCCGUAUGACAGCGGACAUCAAUGUGAUCCUGCAGCUCCUACAGAGGCAGAUGGCCCCGGUGCCACCAGCCUACAGCGCUGUGUCCCCCAGCCCUCACCCGCCUCACCCCACCACCCUGUACAGCACAGGAGCACCUACAAUCCACACUGUCCCUCCAAUACAGCCUGUACAGAUCGACAGCACUGCCUCACUCUUACAGAGUCCAGACUCUGACUUUAAGCACAAAUCCAAGGACUCCCUGUCCAGCGGGAUCCAUCUCACCGUGGCCUCCGAUGACACCAUGUCCAUGUCGCCGGAGGCCGACCCACCACAUCUGCCCUCUGCGGACCUCACCACUUCUCAGUUGUCAGGGGCCCAAGAGCCUCCUGGACUGCUAUGUGGCAGCCAGCGCUUCCCCUCCCUCCCUGAGCACCUGGAGACCUCUACAGAGAUGCAAGAGAUCCAGAGGCAUGUCUCUGACCCUGUCUUGCCAGGCAGCUAGAACACCAAAACCACCUAAAAAGCCUGGACCUUCUGGAUGGGACAGCCAUAUGUUCCGCACUCUGUUACUUCCUUUUUCCUCCCUUAAAAAACUCCUCUGUCCUGUUCAGAUGCUGCUGUAGAGCGUGGGCUGCCUUGCCUUCCACGUCACUGAGGGUUCAGAGUGCCUCCUGUUUCUAACAAACAGACUCUACGGCGCCCGCACAGGCUGCUGUGGUUUUGUGCUCCAGCGUCCCUUCACACCCGAGGUUCUGUGCAAUGAAGAGAUUAUUCCCGCCCAGCAGGGUGGGAAGAUUAUGAAACAUGAGUUGACAAUAAGCACACCAAAUAUAUGUGCCAUGCAUUCACUGGAUCUGAAAGCUACACAAACUGCAUCCCAGGUUUCCUUGAAGAGGGGUGACAUGUCAAGGACUACUAAUAUGUUUCACAUUUGAAGAAUUAUCUGCAUUCACUUUGUAUAAGAAUUGCACAUUUAGGCCUUUUCCACACGUAUAUGGAUAUUUUGCAAAAUUAACAUUUUCCUCUAUGUUUUUUUGCCUCUCAUCCACACACACAAGUUUUAGGUCAGAUUUUUAAAAAUGCUUUCUAAGGUGCAGAUUUUGUGUACGGAUUGUUGAGCAUGCCCAUUGUUGCUUGGUGUAACAACAACCGCAACAACAAUGGCGGACUAUCAGCUUGUAUACGUUUGGUUAGCACUGCUAGGCCGUGUGCCAGAAAGGUGUUCAAUAACUAUAAAUAAAUAAUUAGCAACAAUUUGUUUGUCACUACCGCUAAAGAAAAAUGAGCUCACUGCGCAUGCUCAGAAUGUUCUUUUCUGGUAUUUGACAUAUUGUUGACGUAGUCUUCAUCACCACCUACUGGCCUCGGCAUGCGUGUUUGAGUGUUUGAAACCGUUUAUUAUUAUUUUUUGCGUUCUCGUGUGUACAGAGAUAAUUUAAUGUAGGGGGAAAACAUCCGCUUUGAAAAAUAUCCAUAUAUGUGUAGUAAAGGCCUUAGACUUGAGCAUAGAAAAAUGUAAUCAUUUACUUGGAACUGAAUUUAUUUUCCUAAUAUUAGAGAUGUAUUGGUCACGUUAAGAACAUUACAUCUAGUAAAUGUAAUAACUAUGAGUGUUAUAAAAUAGAGACUCACUAUUGUUGUUUUGGUGUUUGUUGAAAAAAAUAUCAAAAGGCAUACCUAUUGCUGUUUGGCACACUGUGAAGGAGGGUGGUGCAGUGGGUGGAGAAGCACUCCUUUAAAAAGUAUAAUUUUCAUCUCAUAUUUCCUGUUCUGACAUUUUGACAUAAAUCAGCAGUACUUAAGUUGAGCGUGUCAUUUGAUCAAGAGAAGGUAUUGCAAAGUACACAAUCAAGCAGAGCAGACAAACAUCAUAGUUUUCUUGUACAUUUACACGUAGCUCUUACAGUUUCGUUUUGAUCAUGACUGCUUUGCUUGGUUUCCCCCUGUUUCUGUGUCGGUUCAACUCAAACGUGUCAACUAUUUUUUGGCACGGUCACAUGGUUUCAUAAUGCACCUGAUGUGUUUAUCUGAGAGUGCCAGCAUUAGAGGUUCUCCCUAAACAUUUUGAUUCACAGAGAGGAUAGACUGUGAUACUUAAACAGGUAAAAGGAAAAACUGCUGAAGGUUGUUUUACACCAACUGAGUGACAAGUGAAGUGGAUGGUAGCUGUCAAUCACACAAGAGAAACAGAGACAUCGUCUCAAGGCGUCGUUGUUAAGAUGAUUUCACAGUUCCAACCACCAGGUGAAUGUAAUGACUUUUUAAGCAUUUAUAAUUCUGUAUAAUGUUUCUUG